UCCGCCAGCCCAGAUCGCUGUUCAGUCAGGGGUACGCUGUUUGGUAUCUUGGCACUGCUACUUCCCGUAUUUCUGUGAGGAUACACCAUCGUCUAGUCAUGGGUUUGGGAGGCUGUUAUACAUGCAUCAAGUAUUUGCUUGUUGGAUUUAACGUCAUAUUCUCGGUCGUUGGUCUUGCUCUUCUUGCCGUGGGGAUUUGGGUCAGACUUGACCCGAAUAUAAACUUGUAUUUGCGGGAAGAAGACAUGGCUCACAUUGUUGCCUACGGCUUCAUCGCAGUCGGUAUCAUCAUCACAGUUGUUGGCUUUUUCGGAUGUUGUGGGGCACUCAGAGAGAGCCAGUGCCUGCUUGUGUCUUUUUUCAUCAGCCUGGCCCUCAUCUUCAUCUCUCUUGUUGGGCUUGCGGUUCGCCUGUUUUUGAUGAAGGACAUGGUGUCUGAUGUGGUUAAAAGCGCAUUUCAAGCACUUCUUGACGAAAAGGUUGAGACGUACUCGACGGAUAGACACUCAAUGGAAUUCAUGGACUCCAUUCAAAAUGAGCUGGACUGUUGCGGUUCAUCAAUGGGUGCUGGGGAUUACAUUAUCAACAUUCAAAUCCCUUCCAGCUGCAGAUUUCAAAACUACCAGACUCCAUGUCUGGACAAGAUGGUCACGCCAUCUUUAGCAACCUUGAUAGUAUUCAUCCCGAUAAUAUGUGCAAUUCCUGUGAUUGUGGGAAUGGUGUUCGCGAUGGUGCUGUGCUGUGCUAUCAGAAAACAGGGGUACUCCCCUUAAUCCUCGGCUUUUCGUAUGAAGAUGUGCAUUCUU